GCAAGGGCGUCACAAACGGUCUGCCCGUGUCUCCCACGCACUUAGCGAAAAUUUGUAAGUGGACACGACGCUUUUGGAGGAGAAGGGAAAACUCUCGCGGGUUCCCAGGCCGGAGCUCGUGCCUAGCCAAGUGGAGUGAUUGUGGAUCUCAAUAUAUCGCUAGCUGCCGGGAUAGAGAUCCUUACCAGACUGAUAUCUCUGCGCUGGGGAAAUUAACACUUCUCCUGACUGUGCUGUUUCUCUCGCUCCACCGGGUAUUGGAACAAUCCUCAGCUAAUUGGACGUUUUUAUGCGAGAUGGAGAGAUAAAUGGGUCGUCAAUCGGCCGGUUCAGAUAUUUUCACUCCUUUCAAGAUGUUGUUCUCCGGACUUCUCUACUCUUUCCUAUUGAUGACUUGCUUUAAGGUUUUACGAAAUAUGAUCACGGUGAUAUAGACCAUGCCUAUGAGGAAAGAUCGAGAGUGAAUAUUGAUGCGCCUAUUUUAAACUCCUGAACCAAACUCAAGAUGUGACAUGGAUUGAAGCACUGCAUCCAUAAACAAAACAUCAAGUGUCGGUAACGUAUCGUUACAAAAUCUGUUCUAGGGAAACCACUCAAGAAGGAGAAAAUGUGUCUUUUUAAACAAACUGAGUAUAAACUAGACACUCGUGUCGUAAGCAGGAAGGUCUGACGAAAAAGAAGACAAUUUUUUGUCGUAAUUGAAAGUGAUGCUGGGCAUCUGACAACAGUUUUUUGGCUGAUAUACAUUACAAGCGAGAUGAAAUUUCGUACAUGAUGCUUCAUACUUUUACGUGAAUUUCACGAUUACCCCUGAACCAUAUGUUAACUGAAACAUGUUCGUUAGUUUGUCUUUAAGAGAGCAUCGCCAUUCAAGGAGUGGAUUUUCGUCAUAUCGCGGUUAUACCGAUAGAACCACAUUGAACCACCUCAAAUUCGAUACCCUUAUUCAGUCAAGCUUCAAUCUCUUACCGGAUUCCUUUCCAAACAUUGACAAACUGGAACGUUUUGAAAUAUGCACCCCAAGACUCACAUUUGAUAGGGAUCUUCAAUCGGCGUAGAGAGCAUACACAAACUAAUGUGUAGUAGCAAAUGCACAUUACGAACUCUGCACUUAUGCUUCGAUUGUCUAGUUUUCUCCUGGAUCUCAUUCUUAUGACAGCACGUUGAAAGCACAAACUUUCACCCACAAUACGCCGCUUGAAGUAUACUUUUUGAACGGAAAGUAUACAAAAUAUUUCUUUUCCAGAAAUUUUAUUGUAUAAGCACAUCGUGAGACGAACUAUGAAACAACAUUACGUGAUUUUUUGGACGCAUCGCGCGUGCAAGACCACUGCCAAGUUCAUGCUGUGAGAGAACCUAAAUAUAGGGUUUCCAUGGUGACACACGUUCUGCAUCUCGAAGAAACGUGCAUCACUGUUUUCACUGACUGUUUGAGCGAGAAAUAUCAAAAUGGAGAGCGAUUUCCCUGACAGUUUAAUGGAGGACUACGGUUACUUCAACGUAAACUUCUCUUAUGAUCCCAUUCACCUAUGCGACUCCCUACGCAGGGUUAACGCUUCCGAUGUUAAUGAUUUUCUCUAUGUUGGGUAUGAACGAUGGCUCAUUUGCCUUAUUCUUCCUUUGAUCCUGACGCUAGGGCUGGUGACCAAUCUGGCAUUUAUGUAUGUUGUAGCGCGCAUUCAGUCAAUGAGGACGGUAGUGAACCAGUACCUUGUGCAUUUAGCCGUAGCAGACAUGCUCUUCCUAGUUGGUGCCAUUGGCAAGAAACUCUGGCAGUACUGCGAGUCGCCACUCAAGGACGACGAAGGUUCUGCAUACGGACCCAUCAUGGUCAUCAUCAGUCAUCUCCUGGUCUACACCACCAUUUUUUCUUCAGAAUUACUUGUGACGCUAGUAGCAUUUGAACGUUUUUAUGCUGUAUGUAGACCAAUGGUAGUGUUCGCAGCGAGUUCAAACAAUCGGAAAGUCGCGAACCUCCUUUGCUUAGUUUGGUUGAUUAGUGUAAGCCUUGCGGCCUCGACCAUACCGUCCGUACUAAAACCCAUUAGCAUUUGUCAUAUCUGGCCCGAUGAGUAUUCCUAUCUGGAGAGAAUGUACGUGAAGUAUACAGCAGUCAAUAUUAGCAUUAGAUACUACACCAACAUCAUCCAGACAGUGCCGUUCUUCGUCGUUAUGGUCAUCAACAGCAUCCUUUAUGUUUGUAUUAUGAGAGAGAUGGAGCGACGUCUUAAAGCCAUGGAGCGACACGAUCUCGACCUGCAGAGCAAUGUGGAUAUUCGAAACCAAGUGUCGCGAAUGCUCGUCGCAAACGGAAUAAUCUUCUUCAUCCUCAUGGCGCCGUUCCAAUUUGGAUCGCUAAUCAAUUUUGUGGACAAAAUCAUAGGUACAUAUUCUAUGAAUAAUAGCGAGCGUUUCUUGAAUAUCGCUAGAAUGAUGGUAUAUUGCAACUCGGCCAUUAAUCCUAUAAUCUACAACAUGGCUAAUUCGCGAUAUCGCGCGGCUUUUGAGGAAGCGUUUUUUAAAAAGUGGUGCAAAAAAAGGAGAUGGAGUCGACACCCACAGAAGCAACUUGGAAAUCACAGCUCUGUCUACGCUACGUCGAUCACGAAAGCGUCCAACAGCGAUUCUAGCCUGGGAGGAAACCCAGCGGCCAAUGGCAACGAAACAUGUGUCUGAAAUACGGCCCCUUCAGCUUAAAUCAUAUCUUAUCUUCAUCGCAUCGUUAAAAAAAGGGGAAAAACCCGAAGCGCUAUUGAACCUGUUGGUUAGCUGUCUAAUGAGACAUUCAGGUACCAAUUAGUCCUCGACUAAUGUUGGUGAUAUUAGGUAAUUAUGUUUUUGAUGUUGUCGAAGCAUAACUGAAUUUGAUUUGUUUAACCCCAAAUGCGCCAUCAAGUUUAAAAGUAUGUAUGACAAAAAAUAUUUCAAGAAAUGAGUUUUAAACUGUUUCCUUUUUCUACAUUGAUUAUUUGGACAUUUAUGAAUCCAUUUUGAAUUUAAGAAGACAUUUUUCCCCGAUAAAGAAUUUAAAAUUUAUACAGUGGAAUUCUUUGAAUCGACAGAGUAAAUUAGAUAAAUGGGAAAAAUAAUAUCGGUUAGUCAUUUUAUGCUUACUUCAAAUUAUUUAAUAUGGUUUUUACGAUAGAUUUGAGAAAGUACCUGCUUUGAAAAUAAUCCUCUUAAAGCUUACAGUCAUUUGCUAUGCAAUAGCAUUAAUGAUAUAAUUGUGAAAACUAUUUCCGAAAUCUCAAACGUCUGUUCAUUUUCAAAAUUGACUCAUAAUUAGGAUUGAAGGACCCAUUAUUCUUUGAGAGACGGACAAUUCAUUCACACUUCACACGCGAAGUGCUGUAAAGAAAUAAUGAAUAUUUGUAUUUAUAACAACAAAUAGGAUAAGUUAAAGCUUCAGCGAUUUGUCUUCAGACAUGUGGAAAGAGAGGGGAAAAAACAGAAAGUUCCUGUCUUUAAAAGUUGGAGAAAAAACACCACGCGUUCCGUAGACACCUAACUUGUGAGAGUCAACAGACUUACUAAUUGCUUCCCAGUAGCAAGGCAAUUGAAGUGCCUAAAUGAAAGAGAAACGGCGAAGUUCCUCUGGACGUUAAAACAUAUGCUAACGCUAAGACACUACUCUUGGACAUCGCAAGGUAUGGAGUGCAAAAUUAAGAGAUUCGCUUUCUAGCAUUCGGACUGAUUCGUCCUCUGCUGCUCACUCUGGGAAGAUUUUACGUUGAUAACUCUCUGUCUUUGACGAAACACCUACAAACUCAAGAAUUGCGUGGUGUUCACAGACUCACGUCGUACUGAAGACUUGUCGUUGCGUGUUAAGAUUUUUGUUGAAGUAUAUUAAAGUGAAGUCUUGCAUACUGAUGGGGUGUGAAUGAUUAAAGUGAACGACGAUGAAGGUGCCUGUAAACCCGCCUAAAGUUGAAUUGGGUGUCGUUGUUCUGUACAUUAUUCAGCACACACGGCCGGUAUAGCGACCAAGAAGACCAGUAGAGCCUCACAAAACCCUUCAAAUCUUGUAGUUCUCCGUCUGGAUGUAGCUGCUGAAUUUUAUUACAAUUUGUUUUCUUUCAUACGUUAGUGAGGUGAUACAGCAACUAGGGCAAAAUUGGACUAGACUUCUGAUAUUUCAUUAUUCUACUUCUCACAUGUUUUUGUUUCUAAAUUUCCGUUGUCUAAGUUUUUCAAUCUACAUAUGUUUGGAUAACUGCACACGUCUCAAAACUUUUCUUUGUGAUGAGGCAUCGUGUAGAAUAUGAUCAGUCUCAAAGCUCGAUGUUAACGAUGAUUUAUCCAUUUUCUAAUGUCAUGGUGGGGGUACCAUUCUCUUCCUGUACAUUUUUAAAUAUUAUUAAUGAGAAUAUCCUCAUCAAUGUUACUAGAAUCGUUAUCAAUAUUGUCAUUAUUUCUACUAGAAAGUUGAACAUUGUUGAAAUGAGAGAUUACUGCAUAAUAUUCGGAAGAUAUUGGCCGAUUGUUUUAAUGAAAUAACGAUGUCCGAAGAGUGGUCAUGCACAAUUGUCUAAAUUUUACAAUGCCAAUCAAGAUAUGUUGCAUAACCAUGUUAACGAAUGUUGGUGGUUCAAAAGCUGUGUCCAGAAAUAUGCCAGUGUACUUUCUAGUUCUAUUGAGGUGAAUAUCUUAAGAAAAUAAUCCCUUUUUUUCUUCAAAUUUUACCCCAUGCGUCCCGGAUGCGGCUUUCGAUGCCACUGAAACUAGAUCAGAAAUACAAUGUAACAAAAGAAGUAUUCAAAGAUAAACUUGAGCUCUGGUAAAUAGAUUCUCUCAGAGUCCAACGAAACUUACUCUGAAUGUUCAAGAUUACAAAUAAAUGACAUGUGCCAAAGAAAUUUGGUAGAAAAUGUAUAGUGGCUGAGUAAUGAGCAUAGACAAAAUAAGGAAAUCCGGGUAAGUAGGCCCGAGGUCACUCUUUGUGCAAAUUGGAGUUGUGAUUUUUAUCGAAGAUGAUGACCAGUACAUUUGUGGGUGCGUUUGUUUUUUAUUUCACUGGUUCAAACAACCAAUCUACUGCUAUAAACAAUCCAUAAUAAAUCAUGGCAAUUAUUUCUCAAAAUACGAUUCCCAUACCAGAGCUCAAGAUUAGAGAUGGACGAAUUUAUUGAGUCAUCCAGUGAAAAAGAGAGAAACUAGUCUUUUCAUACAUUUUAUAUCGACAAAUCCUUCUUAAAGAACAAAUACUAUUAUCAAACUGACUAAAUUAAGUCAUAUCAUAUAGUCAUUCUAAAACUGAUUCAAGAUAUAAAAAAAUACCUCCCAAAGUUAUCGUAACGAGGUAUUCUAAUACCAGUUGGUAACCAAAAUCAUAGUGGCUUGUUUAUUUUUCUUUCUUUCAAAAAUCGAAAUUAUUUAUUUGAUUUGCAUUAGAAUUUAUGCAACGAAAACUAUUAAAUACCUUUAAAGAUCUCUCUCUCUCUCUCUCUCUAAAUUAAUUCGUCUAUGACUAUAUUAGAUGUUUGUGAGACCGACUAAUUGAUUAACUAGUUUGCGGUAUAUUGCGGAGUCCUUGGUUCCAAUUUGUUUUCUUCAAAUUAAAUAACAUCAAUAAAUUCAUGACUUGAUUUGAUUCUGUGACCACAUUUUCAUUUCCAUGUAAGCAUUAUUUAAAUGGGGAGAUUCCGUUCUGUCUACCUAUGAGAAAAAACCAAUACAUUGCUCCAUAUUCGUAAUUAAAGCGCCUGGGACCCUUAUUGAUUUUGUUUGACGAAAACUUGCGGCCGGUCUCAUUUUUCUUCCCGUAUACUGAUGUUACUUCUAAUGUAUCAAUAUGUAAAAGGGUAUAAAUUGUGUUCUGCAAUACUAAAGUCAAAUUGCAAUCAGCGCAGUGCGAUCACGUCCCCUUCUUCUUUUAAAUAUACAUAUUUCCAAUUCUUGCCAUAAUUUGGUGGAAAGUGGGGACUGGUGAUAUUUUCUUUUCUUUGCGGGGAACGCCCCCUCAUCAUAACUCUGGCUAAAUAAUCGAUGAUUUGCUUAUUUCCGAUGUCACAGCCA